AUGACUAGAGAGACUUUUCCAUCAUUGCAAGAUCUGCGCUCGAAACUUCUAGAAGAGUCAGAUGCAAGAAAAUCUAUUACAGAAAAUAGUGGAAACAGUCAAGGUCAGAGAGCCAUGUACGCAAAAUCUUCGUUUGGCCGAAAAGGCCCGAGCAAUCGAAACUCGUUUUCUCGAGGUGGAAAACGACCUGCACAUAAACCGCCGUCACACACAGAAACAGAUGACCGGUAUAACAAUAACAACAGAGGUGGGGGAACGAAUGGACAGAGAAGAUGGACCCCGCACAACAACAAUAACAAAGGUUUUGACAGAAAGUCAAGCAAUACAAUACGCUGUGCAAGGUGCAAUGGUUACAAUCACCAUGCAAAAGAUUGUUAUUCGAAAAAUAUUUAUAAACAUGCAAAUUAUGCAGAAGAAGAAGAAGAAGAUGAAUACGAUAAAAAUAUUGAACUCGCUUGCUUAGAUAGUGGCAGUACAUCACAUAUCAGUGCAAACAAUAAGCUAUUUAAACAAAUUGAAAAAGCAAAUUUAAAAUUAAGCCUUGCCAAUAAUGAUUCAACAAAAAUAAGUGGUGUUGGUGAAAUUAAAAUAAAUAUUAAUGAUGGUAAUAAACGAAAGACAGUGAAAUUAGAUCGUGUUUUAUAUGUGAAUGAUUUAAGAACUAAUUUACUGUCAGUGUCAAAAAUGACAGAUAAAAAUUAUAAAAUCCUCUUUGAAAAAGAAAAAGCGACAAUAUCUGACAUAAAUGAUAAUGUACUGAUAACAGCAAAGCGAAUUGGCCAUGUCAACGAAAAAGAUAUAAAGCUCAUGUGUAAACAAGGAAUAUUAAAUACACCAAAAUCACUUCAAGAAAUUAAAGACUGUGAAGUGUGCGCUCAAGAAAAAGCUGUCAAUCAACCAUUUCCAAAAUCCAAUGACGGGAGGACAACAGAUUGA